GCUGCCAUCUCUGUUUCUCUGUCUGAAAUAAUUGCUAAGAUGGCGAACCAUUAUGAUGUUCCAAGUUGGGCUGGUAAACCACCCGUUGGCCUUCAUUUAGACGUUUUAAAGGGAGAUAAACUCAUCCAGAAAUUAAUGAUUGACGAGAAGAAAUGUUACCUAUUUGGUCGAAACCCACAGAUGAAUGAUUUCUGUAUUGAUCAUGCAUCAUGUUCUCGCGUACAUUCAGCUCUUGUCUACCACAAACAACUGAACAGGGCCUUUCUUGUGGAUUUGGGCAGCACUCAUGGAACAUUUAUUGGUUCUUUACGUCUGGAAUCCCAUAAACCAACACAGCUUCCAAUUGAUAGCACGUUUCACUUUGGUGCUUCUACACGAUAUUACAUAAUUCGUGAACGCCCUCAAACAGGAGCUCGACCAAUCAUUGAGGAACUGGAGAAGACAUCAGAGGAAGCUGAAGGUGGCUUGCUAGGCUUGCCAGAAACAGAGACUGAAUUGGAUAACCUUACUGAGUUCAACACAGCUCACAAUCGUCGAAUUUCAAUGUUAGGUAUUCCAGAUGAAGAGAUUCGCCCAACAUCACGUAAACGUAAGAAGAAAUCUCUGACCUUUAGUGAAGAGGAAGAAGUAAUCAAUCCUGAAGAUGUGGAUCCAUCAGUUGGCAGAUUUAGAAAUAUGAUUCACACAACCGUCAUACCUACAAAGCGUCAACGGGUGGAUGGAAUGGGACCCACUAGUGGAUUAACAAAUAGCUCAGAUGAUCGUCUAACUUUAAUGAAGCAUCUCCAUCCUUCUGCUAUCAUGCCUCACCUUUAUCAGGAUUUGCCUCCUGAAAGUCAUGGUAACAUCAGUAGUGGGACAUCCACCAGUUCUCCGGCAGGAAUACCUGCUUCUCCAAGUGGCAACAACCCUCUCCUUUUCUCUUCAGCCUUGGCUUCACGAUUAGGUCUUGCUCUGCCAAACCCUGCUCCUGAAGUGGAAAUGGCACCAGCUCCUCUGCCACCAAGUGUGGUGCCAGGACAGGUUGGACCCCUGGCUGCUGCUGCAGCUGAACUCAGUCAUGAACCUAGGAAAAAGAAGUAUGCAAAGGAAGCGUGGCCUGGCAAGAAAUCCAUGCCCACACUUUUGGUCUGAGCUGUUGAUAUGGAGGCAGGUCUGGUAUUUCACAGAGAACUGUACACAUAUUUAGAAGGUAUGUGUUAUGAAUAAUCUCAGACAGAUGUAUAUCUUUUCCUCAUUUUUGACGUGUUGACACAGAGAUCUGUGUUUGUGUAUUAUAGAACUGUGGAAAAUAUUUCAAGCCUGUGAUUAUUCACACUUGCAGAGGAAAUAACUGGUUUAAAUGGGUGCAUUUUACAGUUACUGCCAACUAUGCUUAUGUCAUGGAAAAAUGUUUUCCCAACUCUGAAGCUGAAUACAAAUUCAAUUAUUAUUUCACCUCAGGGUCUCAUUUGUAAUACAAAGAUAUCAGGUAUAAAUUCUGCACAUAUCUUUGCUGAUCAUUAUCUGUGGCUGUUUUUGUGACAUCACCAUAAAUCAAAGAGAGGACAUAAAAUAGUUUGUUCUUAACACAUUGAGGACUGGUCGCAUGAUAUCAUGCUUUUCGCUUUUAAACGUGGCAGACUGGUCGCAUGAUAUGAUUUUAGGACACGUUACGUUGCAACACACUGUACCUUGCUCUUUUGCCACGCAGCUGCAGGGCUACUGAGCCAUAAAACUCCGGAAUGUUUGCGUAGUAUUCAGUAACAUGACCUCACUGUUUUCUUAAUACGCUCUAAAGGAAAAUGAUUUGCCUGUCUUCAAGUUGUAUAUAUCAGCCAGUAGUUAGUGGUGGAGUAUGGAUCAAGAACAAAUUCUUCUCCAAUGAUCUAGCUUACGUGCCUUGUGAGAUGCAUAGUGAUGGUGACUCAGACAGUGGCAGUGACAGGGGACAACAAAGAAUUGUGGCCACAGACAGUAAAAGUGACAGUAGCUCUGACGAAAAUGUGGGUAGGACCAUUGUGGGGACAGGAAAAAAUCUAAAAAAAAU